AUGAUCAUUGAUUCCAAUCAUGAAGACACAACGAUUGAGCUCACGGUUGAAGAGAUUAUGUGUCUUUCGGAAGAAGAUUUAAAAGAAAUGGGACUAUCCCGAGAGGAAUUGCUGGAAUUGGCAGCUCCCUCUUCAUCAUCAUUGGAAAAGGAUGAAAAUCAUCUACAACAAGAGGAAGAUUCAUUGGAACAGCCUCAUCAUUCGGAUGAUGAUGAUCAGGAAUAUGACGAUGAUGAAUAUGAACAUGAUUAUGGAUUUACUUCCGCGUUUGAUGAUGAUCAAGAUUAUCGUGAUGAAAUAGAUCGGGAAGAAGAAUUAAUUGAAAUGGAUAUUCUUGUUGAUGAAGAAUCUUUCAAAGAAUUUGAACAACAGGAAUGUGUAGAGACAAAAAUUGAAGAAUUACCAUGGUUUAAUGCCAUCUUGGAAGAGAAUUAUCGUUUAAUGUUUGGAGAAAUUACAUUGGAAGAAUUGAAAUCUAAUGCCGCUGCAACUCAAGAAUCUUCAAAUUCAACGGAUCAAAAACCUCAACGAUCCAACAUUUCCAAGAAAAAUCGUUUGAAAAAGGAAAUGCGAUUGCAACAGUCUAACUAUGUUUCCAAAAUGAAGGUACUAGAUUUUCCUGAUUUUAUUGAGCCCAUUCAGUUUUGGCCCCAAUAUCAGCAAAUGAUUAAGAAACGAUUUCAUAAUUAUCACGUGAAGAAUAUCGAAUCGAUUGUAAACCCUUAUUUAUUGGAUCGAUUUAAGAAUGCUAUUCAGAAGGAACAAGAGCGAUUGAAACGAAAAGUUUCCAGUAGAAUUGUUCUAUGCUUCCAUGGUACACACUCUUCUAAUAUUCCAAGUAUUAUAGAAAAGGGUUUGCUCGUUCCUGGAAAGAAUAAUCACCUUCAAGUUGUGAAUGGAUCUUCGUGGGGUGUGGGCAUUUAUUUAUCUGUCAUGGAUCCAUCCAUUUCUGUCUCGUAUUGUGUAGGAGGAAAUCAACUUUUUGCAUGUGCAGUGUUAUUAACAGACACAGUGAACACGAAAAAUCAUGGAAGUUUUCUAGUGAUUAUGGAAGAGGCCUAUGUUCUGCCAUGCUUUUUAGUCACAUUUGAACGUGUUGAUCGUUCUGCUCGACCCUUGUCACAAAAACAAGAUCAAGAAAAGGUUGUGGCUAAAACCAAGAAGGGAGAAGUUGUAUUUUCAAAGAAACGAAAAGAAGAGCAACGAGAAAAAUUACGAAAAAAGAAGGAAGAAAAGAAGAAGCUAAUUAAUAAUUAA